AUGCUCGGAAUAAACUCACUAGGGCUGGCCUCCCUUUGUGCAUCAGUGCUCCAUUUCUUCACAGGCAGCGACACAACAUCUCUAACAUAUCACCCUGUUCUCCCCCCAUCUUAUCCACUAGCAGUUCGUAACCCAUAUUUGUCAACAUGGAUGCCCAGCGACCGAGUUCAGCGACUGCCCUUUGCCGAGCCUCAAUUCUGGGCGGGUCAGGAACUAGGCUGGUCGGUGAUCGUCCGCGUCAAUGGUCAGGCCUAUAGUCUGAUGGGCGUGCCUGAGCCCGAUGAGAACAAUAUCCGCCCUGCUGAGGUGCGCCGUGCGGAGUUUACGGCUACCCAUACUACAUUUGAUCUUGUCGCGGGCCCUGUGGCGGUUACGCUGGAUUUUUUUUCGCCUGUCUCACCUUCGAAUUAUGUUAGGCAGUCACUUCCUUUUAGUUAUUUGACCGUGCAUGUGUCUGAGUCUCGAGGAUAUGACAUUCAAGUCUAUUCAGAUAUUGAUGCCAGAUGGACUGGCCGAGCAAGUCGUUCGAACCGUGACUUUGAAGAGAUAGAUGGUCUGGCUAUUUACUUGCUCACGGUUGAAGAUGCGCCGUUAUACGAAGAAGCAGAUGACAUGGCACUAUGGGGCUCAGCAAUUCUAGCCUCUCGGCCGACCCGUUUUACCAGCUUGUCCGCUCUUUCUGGAAGCCCUGAGGACGUAAGACGUUCUUUUGUCGAGAAAGGUGAGCUAUCGGGCGACAACAGCUGGAAAGAUGGCAGUGUAGUCGCACUGGCCCACGAUCUUGGCGAAGUCACUGGUGGACUUUCGGUGAACUUCGUAGUCGGAUACGAAAGAGAAGCGGCCAUCAAUUAUCUGGGAGAGGCUUAUACUGGUUACUAUCGGGCAGAGUAUCCGACCACAUCAAACGCAAUCUCUUUCUUUCUUGACGACUAUCCCAGCGCACUAUUGGAGUCUUUGAAGCUGGACCAGGAGCUGGUCACCUUGUCUGUGGUUGCCGGGGGUCCAAAAUACGCAGAUAUUCUUGCUUUGUCAACUCGGCAAGCAUACGGAGGCAUCGACUUGACUAUUCCUAAAGGUUCGCUCGACACUAACGUCGUGUUGGCUUUCAUCAAGGAGAUUUCCAGUGAUGGUAAUAUCAACACCAUCGAUGUCAUCAUGCCUGCCUUUCCAAUCUACUAUGUCAUGGAUCCAGAUUACAUCCGCCUGUUGCUAGAGCCUGUGAUGAAAUACCUUGCUGCUGGUCGGUGGCGUUUGCCAUACACAAUCCAUGACCUUGGCAGUCAUUAUCCUCGUGCCAUUGGCCAUGACGAUCAAAAGGCAGAGCCUAUGCCUAUCGAAGAAUGCGGGAAUCUGCUCGUAUUAGUUGCGGCAUAUGCCCGUGCCACUGGUGAUACCAAUUGGACUUCACAAUACACGGAUAUCUUCCAGAAGUAUGCCGACUACUUGGUGGACAAUAGCAUCGAUAUCGCUAAUCAGUUGUCAUCGAAUGAUGCAGCUGGCCCCCUUGCCAACGAGACGAACUUGGCAAUCAAAGCUGCUGUUAGUCUCAAGGCAUACGGGGAAAUGAGUGGAGACAAAUAUUAUUCUCGUGUUGGUGAUGAUCAUGCCAAUAUCUUCUUCCAACAAGGUCUGGGAACGGACCAAGACCAAACGCAUUUCGUGUUGCAAUAUCCUGACUGGCCAGAAACUUGGAAAAUUCCAUAUAAUCUCUUCCCUGACGUAUUGCUCGGUCUGAAGACAUUCCCCGAUGCUGCUUAUCGGAUGGGUAGUGACUUCUUCGCAUCUGUUCGGGGCGAAUAUGGUGUGCCUCUUGAUAGCCGUCAAGACUGGGCCAAGUCAGACUGGAACAUGUGGCUGGCUGGAACAUUUGAGAAGAGUACACGAGACGAGUUUGUCGAAGAUCUGUGGGCUUUUAUGACCAACGGGAAACAUAAUUGGCCAUUUUCUGACAGAUAUGUUGCAACUUCUGAGCAUGACAAUGAACCUGGUGUCCCUAUAUUGUGUCGAGCACGUCCCACCGUUGGCGGACACUUUGCUUUACUGGCACUUGAGGGUCCUCGAUCUAUACCGUCUAUAUCGAGUCACCUGUCAGGAUCUGCGAGUCAGGAACAUGCCAAACCGCGUCUUUUAUUUGAAAAGCAUACUGAAGAGCUUUGA